AUGGCCUCGACUCCCCUAUGCCAACGCCAUAAUGUUCAGACAACAUUCCACUACAUGGACUUGACUGACCCAAGCUUUUCAGACCCUGUCUCGUUUCCAUCCGAAAAAGAAGAACGAAAGAAUAUUGCAAACCUACCUGGCAACAGGAAGCCGGCUGUAUCGCUUCCCUUCGUUGUAGAAGACAUCAGCCACGAUUUGGAUAAAUACACACUUGACAGUCAUGGGUUCCAAAUAUUUCGCCACGAAAGCAAAUUGUCGCAAGCGGACUUUGCCAAUGACGAACUAGUAAAAGCUAUCUACUAUCCUGAGUCUAUCGAGCUUCUUAAAAAGGUGACAGGCACUUCUUACGUCUAUGUCUAUGAGCACAACUCGCGCGGACCGGUCAAACCUGAUCAAGACAAGAAUAUCCCAAUGCAAAAUCCUUGUCACUUUGUCCACUGCGACCAGUCGUACCAUGGAGCAGAAGUCAUCGCGCUGGAUCGACUUCCAGACAAAGUCUUUGCAGAGAAGGUCAUCCGUGGGCAUUUUGCGAUAAUGAACGUCUGGCGACCCGUCAAAACGAUUUACAAAGACCCUUUUGCGUGUGCCAACCCCCAUUCCGUGGUUGACGCAACAGACCUGGCUCCAAUGCCCAUUCAGGCAGACGACCUACUAGAGGAGGGAUGGGCUGUAGGACCGAACCAAAAUCAUCGUUGGUAUUUCAAAUACGCGCAACAGCCUGAUGAGGUGUUGUUGUUCAAGAAUUUCGACUCUGAAGGGCCGGUUCGACGGACUGUUCAUUCAUCCUUUAUUGAUCCUCAGCACAUCGAUGACGCGGAGAGAGAAAGUAUGGAAUUAAGGUGCAUUGUAGUUUUUGGCUAG